AUGAACCUCACCAAGAUCAUCGCCCACCUCGCCAUUAUUGCCGCUGCGAUGGCCCCGCUUGCCGACGCCGGUGGCAGAUUCAGCCAGCAGGCCCAGCAGUCGAUCGUCUCCAAGGGGAAACCAGUGUUUGUGAUCCCGGUCCCGGUGACCUACGCGCCCACGGUUACGCCUGCUCCGACGACCAAGCCUCCGGCUUCCCCAGCCCCGACGCCCUGCGCGACGACUAAAGCACCGGCUCCGACUCCUUGUCCUACGACUACAGCACCCGUUGCGGUUCCUGCCCCGACGACAAAAGCACCAGUCACGAUUCCGGCCCCAACUCCCUGUGCCACGACCGGUGCCCCCGCGACUACUUCGGCUCCAACUCCUUCUCCUACUUCGACCCAGGCUCCCACGCCGGCCCCAACCACCGCUUUGCCAGUAGCAACACCCGCACCGACACCAUGUGAGACCACACCAGCACCGGUUGUUACUCCAAUUCCAACUCCGGCACCGACUCCGGCUCCGACGGCCGCGGUGGAGACGCCGAUCCCGACGCCGGAGGCCACGACUGGAGGCUCCAGUGAGACGCCCGCGCCGACCUCGACUCCGGAGGCCACCACCGUUCCGGACACGCCGAUCCAAACCACGCCGGACACGCCGGCACCGACUCCGGCUCCGACGACCGCGGUGGAGACGCCGAUCCCGACGCCGGAGGCCACGACUGGAGGCUCCAGUGAGACGCCCGCGCCGACCUCGACUCCGGAGGCCACCACCGUUCCGGACACGCCGAUCCAAACCACGCCGGACACGCCGGCACCGACUCCGGCUCCGACGACCGCGGUGGAGACGCCGAUCCCGACGCCGGAGGCCACGACUGGAGGCUCCAGUGAGACGCCCGCGCCGACCUCGACUCCGGAGGCCACCACCGUUCCGGACACGCCGAUCCAAACCACGCCGGACACGCCGGCACCGACUCCGGCUCCGACGACCGCGGUGGAGACGCCGAUCCCGACGCCGGAGGCCACGACUGGAGGCUCUAGUGAGACGCCCGCGCCGACCUCGACUCCGGAGGCCACCACCGUUCCGGACACGCCGAUCCAAACCACGCCGGACACGCCGGCACCGACUCCGGCUCCGACGACCGCGGUGGAGACGCCGAUCCCGACGCCGGAGGCCACGACUGGAGGCUCCAGUGAGACGCCCGCGCCGACCUCGACUCCGGAGGCCACCACCGUUCCGGACACGCCGAUCCAAACCACGCCGGACACGCCGGCACCGACUCCGGCUCCGACGACCGCGGUGGAGACGCCGAUCCCGACGCCGGAGGCCACGACUGGAGGCUCCAGUGAGACGCCCGCGCCGACCUCGACUCCGGAGGCCACCACCGUUCCGGACACGCCGAUCCAAACCACGCCGGACACGCCGGCACCGACUCCGGCUCCGACGACCGCGGUGGAGACGCCGAUCCCGACGCCGGAGGCCACGACUGGAGGCUCCAGUGAGACGCCCGCGCCGACCUCGACUCCGGAGGCCACCACCGUUCCGGACACGCCGAUCCAAACCACGCCGGACACGCCGGCACCGACUCCGGCUCCGACGACCGCGGUGGAGACGCCGAUCCCGACGCCGGAGGCCACGACUGGAGGCUCUAGUGAGACGCCCGCGCCGACCUCGACUCCGGAGGCCACCACCGUUCCGGACACGCCGAUCCAAACCACGCCGGACACGCCGGCACCGACUCCGGCUCCGACGACCGCGGUGGAGACGCCGAUCCCGACGCCGGAGGCCACGACUGGAGGCUCCAGUGAGACGCCCGCGCCGACCUCGACUCCGGAGGCCACCACCGUUCCGGACACGCCGAUCCAAACCACGCCGGACACGCCGGCACCGACUCCGGCUCCGACGACCGCGGUGGAGACGCCGAUCCCGACGCCGGAGGCCACGACUGGAGGCUCUAGUGAGACGCCCGCGCCGACCUCGACUCCGGAGGCCACCACCGUUCCGGACACGCCGAUCCAAACCACGCCGGACACGCCGGCACCGACUCCGGCUCCGACGACCGCGGUGGAGACGCCGAUCCCGACGCCGGAGGCCACGACUGGAGGCUCCAGUGAGACGCCCGCGCCGACCUCGACUCCGGAGGCCACCACCGUUCCGGACACGCCGAUCCAAACCACGCCGGACACGCCGGCACCGACUCCGGCUCCGACGACCGCGGUGGAGACGCCGAUCCCGACGCCGGAGGCCACGACUGGAGGCUCCAGUGAGACGCCCGCGCCCACCUCGACUCCGGUCGCGACGAUUGUUGCUACGCAGAUCCCUGCUUCAGUACCGAUGAACCCUUCUCCGGUUUCUACCCCGAUUCCUACUCCGGUAGCGACGACUGUUUCCCCAGUUGCUACCCCUGCUCCGACUCCAUGUGCAACCACUGGAUCGCCUCGCCCGAUUCCAACGUCCUCUCCGACUAAAGCUUCUACGAAGUCGCCUUUUCCGACGCCGUGUCCAACGACAAAGGCUCCGAGCUCAAAGGCAACUCCGGCACCAGCUCGUGCGCCCGUUAAGACACCGAGCCCCAAGCCGGCCAAGACUCCAAGCCUGCCCGCCAAGGCGACCGGCCCAUCAAAGAUCGCUUCUACGCCGUGCCCAUCGGUAACCAAGGCGGCUCCGAAGCAGGCGAGCUCUAACCAAAACGUUGGAACCGUUCCCGCAGCUACCGGUGGCAAGCCCAACGGUGUCCCUGUUCAGGUCAAGGGUUCUACAACUGUCUCAAGUGGAAAGCAGGAACCCAUCGCUGUUAGCAACGCCGGUGCUAAGGGCAACAAGUCGAAGGCGCAGUCUCCUACCAAGGCGGCCACCGCUCCAACUCCGUGCCCAAGUCGGACCGCGGCCGGUAAAGCAACCGCGUCGAAAAGCCGCCCAAGCCGCUACCUUCGCCAGUAA